AUGAUUCGUGCGUCAUGUCUCCUGCUUCUAGUCCUAGUCUCGCUAGGUUUAGCCGACGAGCCUGAGGGCAUGUUGGACGGGAUGCCGUCUGGAGCACCAGAUCGGGGUCGUCCCAAGUUAGAUAUAUUUGCUCAGGGACUGACAGAGGACGAGAAAGCAGCAAUGCUGGCCCUACACAACAAGGAUCGUGGUGAGGUGUCUCCUUCGGCCUCCAACAUGGGUGAACUCCAAUGGAACGACGAAUUAGCGAAGGAUGCCCAGGACUGGGCCGACCAAUGCAUCUACAAGCACAACGGAUAUGGGGAUCGCAGAACAAGCCAAUGGCGUUGGGUUGGCCAGAAUAUUGCGGAAGGAACAAUAGGAUUCUUUUCUGUCCUCACUUUCGUAGAUUGGUGGAACAGCGAAAAGGACCUCUACAAUUAUGCCGACCGCACAUGUGAACCGGGCAAAGAGUGUGGCCAUUAUACACAGGUAUGA